AUGGCCUCUAUCAGCGUUGUUUGUACUGUUAUGUGCACGAUCAUUUCCACACGCCAUGGCCAAGGUCAUGCAGGCUUUGUUGCCCCUGCCGCCAUAACUACUGAAACCCUCAAGGAUGUCAGCACUCACAUGCAGAGAAGACAAAUGCUCUGCAUCACCUAUCAAGCUCCUUUCAAGGCCGAGACCGCUUUAAUUGAUAUGCAGGCUGCACAGUUGAGCGCCGAGAACAAGCUGCUAGACAGCCAGACGUUUGAACUUGCGGCUACUCAUGCUGUGGCCGAGCCCACCCUGCGCUGCGUCUUUGAGGUACCCGCCGCCUUCCCCAUCGAGCCAUUCACCUGCCCUGAAAUGCCACACGUCAAUGUCCAAGCCCUGCGCCCCUUUUUGAGGGAACCUUUUCUAUCUUCAACCCUUGCACCUGUCCUGACGUGUCGCGCCAGAGUGCAAGCCUUGCGCCGCGUUUUUGAGGCAACUGAUACCCAGACCAACAACAGGCGUAAGAGGGUAGAUAAUGUCAUUUAUCUGGCUAUAUCUGCCAUUGCCCAGGUCUGUGCGGCUCGCGACCGGAUGGAAACUCUUUGCGGACGGAUGGCCUUGUCGCGCGGAUAG